AUGCUGAUUGCGCUCCGCGACGCGCUGGAGAUGCUGGAGUGGCACCUGGACCAGCUGCUACAGUGCGAGGAGACGCUUCAGGAGAAACUUCAGGUGAAACAACAGAAGACGCAGCAGCAGAUAAACCAUCUGCGCGCGCCGCAGCGGCAGAGGCGCAGGGCGAGCGCGGGGAAAUCCGGGGCGCGGGGAGUCAACGCCGCCGCCCUCGCGGCCGCUGCGGCUGCCAGGGCGGCCGCGGCGGCGGGAGCCGCGGCGGGUUCCGCGGAGGGGGAGCGCGCGGCGGAGGCGGAGGCGGCGGCGCAGUGGGCGCAGAUGGUGACGGAGUUAAAGAUGGCGGCGCGGAUAGUGGCGUCGCAGGGGCGGUGCCAUCAGGGGCGCGAGGCGGAGGUUGUUGCGCGCAUUCAGCAGCUGGCGGAAGACGUUGACCUGGAGCCCUUCCCCUUCCCUUCCGCCCUUGCCGCUCCGCACAGCCAGUUCCUGCAGCAGCAGCAGCAGCAGCAUAAGUUAUUCUCUUCUUCCGCCUUCUCCCCCUUAUCCGCCGCCCCGCUCCCCGCGUUGCUCCCUGCCCACGCGCCCUCCCCCUCUUCCUCCCCCUCCUCCCUCCUCCCCCAACCCCUCACUCCCGCGCAAGGCCCAGCCGCUGCGCCGUACUCCUCCGCGCAUCCCUUCUCCCCCUCCCCCUCCCCCUUCUCCGCUUCCGCGCUUUCCCCUUCUCCCUUAAAGGAAGCUUCCAUACAACUUCCGCCAUAUUACCAACACCCGGAGGUCGCAGUGAUGGGCGGAGGGGCGGUGGCGGAAGGGGAAGACUCCGAGGGGGACAGCCCCACGAGCGGGCAGGUCGGGCAGAAUCACUGGGAGGUGGGCAGGCCGCCGGUCAGGAGAAAAAUAUUCGGGCAAGAGUCGGAGAGCGAGGAAGAGAGUGAAGAUGAGAGUGAGGAAGAGAGUGAGGGAGAGUGUGAGGGACAGAGCGGGGGAGGGGACGAUGGGUAUAAGCGAAAGGAGGGCGAGGAGGGAGAGGGGGAAGGUGAGAGUGCGGGUGCGGGAGAUGCUGCCACUGACCAGGGCAAGUCUGAAGCGCCGAAAAAGCAUGCUACUGACGCCCUGGGGGGUGGGGAGGGAGGUGGGGAGGGAGAUGAGCCCUCUUCCGCUCAUCCCUCUUCGACUCACCCCUCGUCAGCUGAUCUCCUUCCGCAGUCCCCACCUGACUCUCUUCCUUCCCCUCCCGUCCCCCCGCUUGAAGCCUCUCCGAUACACUCACACCAGCCGCCGCCGGACCAAGCUCUGCCGAACCUCGCUGCCGAACCUGACUCGCAGGCCGAGCAGCAGGCCGGGCAGCAGGUCCGGAACCAGCCGAACCAGAGCUGGGCUCUCCAGCCGAUCAACCAGGUUCUGGCGUUGACUCGCGUGGCGACUGGCGGUGCUAAAGCCAUUGAGGUGGUGGUGGUGAGGGUGGCCCGCCUCUCCUCCUUCCUCCUCCACCCCAUGACUCUCAGCCUUGGUGGCCUUGUCGGUGUCUCCCUUGGGAUUGCCGCUGCCACGUCAGCAAGGAGGGAGAAGUGGGUUGGGCAUUGGGGGGUUGUGAGGAGAGGGGUGCUGGGAGCGCUGCCGAGGCCGGGGGCUGAGUCUGCUGUUGCCUGGAGGGAGCAGGAGAGGGAGAGGGAGAGAGCGAGGGAGGAGGAGAAAGAGAGGGAAAUUGGGGCGUGGGGAUUGGACGAGAGGUUGUGGGCAGCAGGGGGGGAUUGGGGAGAGGGCGAUGGGAGCAUUGGGGAGGCGGACGAGGAGGAAGAAGAAGAGUCAGAAGAGGAAGAGGAAGGGAGGGAAGAGGAGGGUGGUAUGUGGGGCGUCAGUGGUGGUUCAGGGGAGGGUGUAGGGAAGAGCGAGGAGGGGGAAGGGGUGCAGGAGCGGGGUGGGGGUCUACUCGCGUUCUUGCAGGGGGAAAUGAGGCGACUCAAAGGGGAGUCAGACGAGGCAGGUGGGGUGGGAAGAGGCGGAAGUGAGGAGAAGGGAGGGACGGGUGGGGCAGCGUGGGGGGCAGGGCAGGCGGGUGUAUAUGCUGCUGCAGUGCUGGAGCGACUGAGGGAGGAGGUGCGUGUGAGAGAAGAGGAACUGGCGAGGGUGAAGGUGAGGGGAGAGGAGCUUGAGCGAGUGCGGAUGCGAGAGCUGCAGCUGCUGCAGGGGCAGUGGGAAGAGGUGGGGGCGGCGGAUGGGGGGGAAGGGGAGGCGGGAGGAGAGGAGACAGGGGAGGAAGGACGGGAGGAGACAGGGGAGACACGGGAGACAGGGCAGACAGGGGAGAGGGGAGGAGAGGGGAAGGGGGAGGGGAGAGGGGAGGGGCUAGGAGGGGGGUUUGGAGUGCAUGUAGACGACCCACUGUUGGCUGCUCUUCUGAGGGACCUUUCCGUCAUGGAGGUGGAGAUGGGUUCUGGACAGAUCUGA